AUGUUUUCGACGCGGAGGCCGUGGUCUUUGCUGGGCGUUUUGGCGAUCUUCUUCUGCGCGACGUCCUGUCUGGCUGCCAGUGAUAGUCGCAAAUGCUAUAACCCCGACUCGUCACAAGCGACCGCAGAUGUCCCUUGUACGGAUGAUGAUGUUACCUUUUGUUGCAACAAGGGCGACAUCUGCAUGUCCAAUGGGCUAUGCUAUCUCCAGCAAUCGUCGGGAUUCGCAUUGUCGCGAGCAAGCUGUACCGACCUAAGCUGGAGCUCGUGCGGCUCCUAUAAAUACUGCUACGACUACAACAAGAACUCCGGAUUCCCAAUCGUUGCCGCAAACUUCGCCGGAAAUAAGACAGUCCACUGCUGCGGCACGGCUACCUACGACAACGGCACUGUCAGCUGCCCCAUGAGCUCGGUCUCCGUACCUGUCGGAACCGUCAUCCCAGGCCGCGCCGCUCUCGCAGUCAGCUCCACAUCAAACUCCACAAACUCCUCUUGUCCUGACUCCAGCUCUGGGUCUAGCUCCAGCUCAUCAUCAUCAUCUCGGGAAACAGCCAUCGGAGCCGGCGUUGGCGUGCCGCUUGGUGUCAUUGCGAUUGCUUCGUUGGCAUGGGCUUUUUGGGAGCGCAGAGGUCGGGUAAGAGCUCUUGCGCAGGCACAAUCUGCUCAGAGUGUUUCUGUGUACCCAGAUACUGCGCAGCCGCAACAACAGAUGGCGUAUUACUCGCGGCCUGCCGAGUUGGGGGCUCCUUCUGCGGAGUUGGGAGGUUCUGAAGCGGCGACGGAGUUGAGUCAUGAGGCGGGUCCGAAGCCUAGCGGUCACCUCUUAAGUUGA